AUGGCUUCACAAGGAUUGAAGUACUUGUCUGUUCGUGAGAGUCACUAUAAUCUUGAUCUAAAUAGCAAUUGCUUUAAGAAUGCCAAAAAAUUGACAUACUUAUACCUUGUGAUUGAUAAUCCAAUACGUGUUGAUGAAAGAUUAACUUUGAAAAAGCUUAUUUUUAGCUCGCCUACACUUGAGACACUUUGUACAGUCCCAAAGGGGCUUCAUUAUACGCUCAACUUCUUGUGGCAUCUAAAGUUAGGUGUAAACUUCAACAAAUUGGGUCAGACUUGUUACACUCUGGAGUUGAUUAAAAGUUUCCCCAAUUUGAGUAAACUUGAGAUUUGGGACAAUGCUUUCGGUGACCCUGAUGAAGCAGUUAUGAAAUAUCUAGACACACCAUCAUGUUUGGACCGAACAUUCAACAAGCUUGAAGAUGUUUCCAUCCAUUUUUUUAGGCGUUCCAAAGCUGUACUAUCUUUCGUAAAGUUAUUGUUUGCUCAUGCUCCAUCUUUGUCAAGGAUGAGCAUUAAGCUGAAAAACGCUUCUAGUUCCAAAGAAGAAUUGAAUGUUGCUACAGAGUUGAUGUGUUUCCCCAGAGUAUCUCCUAAGGCAAAGCUAUUCUAUCAUCCAACAGUUGGAUUAAAGGCUGAAUGA